AUGGCUCCUCCCUCAGCGAAAGAUGGAGGAUUCGGUUAUAUCGACAUACUACCGCCUUAUGACCUACUACGGCCACCAUCAUACCAUACCGCCAGUCAAGAGAUAUCAGGCAACAAUCUUCGAGAGAAACAGGUGCCUUGGGAGGUCGCACCCACUCAUCCGGCCACCUUGGCUGUCGACAACACUAGCAGUGAAUCGCACUCUGUUCGAAUCCACAGUUUCAGCAAGAUACCUACCCUUGAGGAUGUGGAGUGCCGUAUCUGCCAUGGUGAAUAUCGGGAUGAGUCCGUGAUUUUACAAUGCGAAGACUGCACCAACAUUGUUCACUUGGGAUGUAUGGAGGAUUGGCUCGCCAAUCGGUCACCGGUGAACCGCGUCUCAUGCCCAAUAUGUCGGGGUCAGCAAGCAUUUAACACCUUCCAUUACACCGGCACCGAAGCGGGUAACUUUCCAGGUUCAGUUUCGAGAGAACGUAAUUCAGACCAUUUUUCAUCCCCUGAGCGCCAUCCCCAUCCAUUGAGGUCCCUCCGAAAUCCCUCUGUGGACCGUUCUACCCAAGACCCUUACUCUGGGAGAGAAAGGUCGCAGACUGCCGCUCGCGGGACUCGCUCCGCAGACUCGUCUUCCCAGCAAUCCACACUGCGUCGAUCAACUCGACGACCACGGUACCCGGAUUGGUUUCGGCCGUAG